AUGUCUAAUCUCUCUUUCCAAUUGCCAGAUAAUGUCGACUAUGACGAGAUCAAGCGCGUAAUCAAAGAGAAUACCACUCCUGGCCACGGCAAGGCUGUCUCCAUUCCCGGCCACGGCGAUCCCGUCGAGCGGCGCUUCGAGGACGAAUUGAUCGAGCUGUUUGAGCAGGAACAACGCCGUGUUGAUUUGUUCGUGAGGACAAAGUCUGGCGAAAUUGAUCGGAGACUGGUUCAUCUGGGCCAGCAGAUCAGUCGCCUUGCUGGGCGCGAGAAGUCGCUCAGUCGCGCGAGAAUCCCGGCCAGGCGCCUCGAGCGCUAUGCCAAGUUGGAGGAUGACGUACUCAAAGUCGGCCAAGAGCUAAACGGCCUGUCGAGAUACCUCAAUGCUCAGCGCACCGCUUUCCGGAAACUGCUAAAAAAAUACAGAAAAUGGACUGGCAACGACACCCUGCACACCACCGUCAAAGACCUCGUCAUGGAUCAGCCGGGGAGCUGUUGGAAACUGGAUCUGUCGCCCAUGUUUGAUCGCUACACCGAGCUGCUUCAAUUCAUACGCAGCGCCUUUGAGCCCUCGGCUACCGCCUCCCUGGCUAGUCGAUUCACAAGUGGGAGAGAGACUAUUCCUGCGAACACGCUACAGGCCAUCGCUUCCAUCCAAAAUGCUGUCGACGCACACUCGGAGCUGGACUUUGACCUGUCCUUGGCCACCACUCCGUUCGGCCACCGAGGGGGCAAGGCGAUCUACUGGGUCAAUCCAGAGUCGGCAAUAGAGCUGCAGGUUCUGCUGUCGCGCCAUAUGCGCCUGCUGGUGCCCCAGGCGAAGCUGAGAUCCUCGCCCUUUGCUUCAGAACUCUCCUCGCCCAUUGACUCGCCCACACGCAGGCAGUCCAUCCCAGGUGCCGAAGGCGAGGACAAGGGAGACCAUGUCGGCACACUGAUUCUCGACAACGAGCGUCGCUAUGCCGAGCAAGAGAUUGGAAAGACAAUCGAGGACAACGAAGGCGUGCCGGGCAGGACGCCAGCAAAAGCUCUGGGCCAAGUCUGUUGGUCCUCUGCCGGCGAGGCUGCCAUGGCCGUUGGCCUUAAUUCCGGCCAUGAGACGGACGCCACUGUUACGAUGCCCGCCAAGACCAAGCGCAAGCAUCUGCAUGACCUCUUGGACGUCUCGAGGCCGUUUAGCCGGCACGCCUCGUCGGCCAUGCUGCGCGACUACUACCUUGACGACGACACCACAGACAAUGACGCGGCGACCAGUGUCAGAGACUGGCUGUCCCACCACAGCGAAGUGACUCCUAUCGCUGCACAUUGCGCAAAGAGAACUCGUUUCCUAGGCCUGACCAACAACUCUUCCCGUGCCGUCUGGGCUACCCUGGACCAGGAUGUGCACUUUAAGCGGACAGAGAUUGCGGAUGUGUGUGAGGCGGAAUGGUCCAGGAAUAUGCGGCAGAACAGCGCACGCUUCCCGCAUUGUGUGCUGGAAGUGCGCCACGAGGGCUUUGAAUCGGCCGAGCUCGUGAACAUCCUGGACAACAGCCACCUGACGGAGCGUGUUCGUGGCUUUUCGCUCGAGACCCACGCCGUUUGGGAGUGUUGCCAGCCCAAGUCGAUGCCGCCUCCUUUCUGGAUGUCCAUUGUCAACAACGCCAUCAGCAAUGUGCCGGAGGAGGAGCGGCAGCGGCGCCCACGACGACUGGCGAGCUUGACUACUGGCGGCGCCGCAGCAGCAGACAUGGCUUCCAUAUCCGCAUCCUCGACCACGGCCACGGACGGGGAUCUGACCAACGUGAGCACUCCACGCACGAGCCGAGGCGGCAAUACCUCUAACACGUCCGCUCCCGACCAGCUGGAGACGCCGACGCUGAGUGCGUUUAGGAAGAAACGUAGACGAAACCUGCCGCUGCGGAAAGACAGCUUUACCGAACAGUCUGAGAUUGAUGGUCUGGAGCGGCCGGGGGGGUACUGGAACGAGUACGACCAUCCCGAGGAGGGAUCGGCCGACGACGACGCAUAUGUGAUAUACUUGGAUCCCAACGCCUCGAAUUUCCCGGGCGAAGAGUACCUGCGAGCAGCGCUUGCGAGGGUCACGGCCUGGCUCGGCGGCGGCGUCGGCGGCAGCAGCAGCGCACAGGCUGGUGAAGAUGUCGAGUCACAGCAGCGGCGCCUCCUCCUUUCCUCGCCGACGAGGAGUGACGACGUUGACGAUUUCGAGUCGAGCGAUGAUGAGAGGCCGCUGAUGGAUGGUGAAGUUUCGUCUCGGAGGCGAUCCAACGGCUAUUACCACCACUAUGGGACCUGGACCAGCAACGACGGUCAUGCCGUAGCGACGACGACAGGAGGCCCAAAGAGCAUCUAUCAAGGCCUGUUCAAGGCAUUUACGUCGUCGAAUGAUGCCGCCGCCACCACCGCCCCUCACAGCCGGCGUUUGGGUAAUCAUGCAGAACCGUUUAUGAGCGUGGAAGCCCGGUACCGCGAACGAGAGCAGCACAAAUAUCGGCUCUAUGUGACCAGUCUGGGCGCUGCAGCCACAAUCGUUGCGAUCCUCGUCUUCCUCGCCACCACCAGCCGCCACAAGUACCGCGGCGAGGUCGACACGGUGCUCGUUGUCGGGAUCCUUGCAAAUCUGGCCUUUGCCUUUGGCGGCGUGGGCUACAUGAUGAGCCGGCAGGACGUGCUGCCCUGGUGGCAUCGCGGGCUUGUGGCGGCCGUGUUUGUCGGCGUCUGCGUCGUGGACGGCAUGCUGCUCAUCUGGCCCUUUACCGCCGUCCCGUGA